GCAAGCGUGCGGUCGGUUCGGAAAUUCACCAACAGAAACAAAGGAUACCAUCAACGUUCGUGCUGUGGCAAAUAACUACUAAGCAAAGCAACUAUUAUAUCCUGUGAGUAUCCUGAUCAAGUGUGACAAAAUGUAUUUGCCGUAUACGCAAUUGCCGGAUCCAACCGAUAAAUUCGAGAUCUAUGAGGAGAUUGCGCAGGGUGUCAAUGCGAAGGUGUUUCGAGCCAAGGAACUGGACACUGAUCGCAUCGUUGCACUGAAGAUACAGCACUAUGACGAGGAGCACCAGGUGUCCAUUGAGGAGGAAUAUCGCACGCUGCGCGACUACUGUUCACAUCCAAAUCUGCCCGAGUUCUACGGCGUCUACAAGCUGUCGAAACCCAAUGGACCCGAUGAGAUUUGGUUUGUCAUGGAGUACUGCGCUGGUGGCACCGCCGUGGACAUGGUCAAUAAGUUGCUGAAGUUGGACCGUCGCAUGCGAGAGGAGCACAUCGCCUACAUCAUCAGGGAAACCUGCCGCGCAGCCAUCGAGCUGAAUCGCAAUCAUGUUCUCCAUCGGGACAUACGGGGCGACAACAUUCUAUUAACCAAAAACGGAUGCGUUAAGCUGUGCGACUUUGGGCUGUCGCGUCAGGUGGACUCGACGCUGGGCAAAAGGGGCACCUGCAUUGGAUCGCCCUGCUGGAUGGCACCCGAGGUGGUGGCAGCUAUGGAAACCCGUGAGCCGGACAUUACAGUGCGUGCCGACGUCUGGGCUCUGGGCAUAGCCACCAUUGAGCUGGCCGAUGGUAAGCCUCCGUUUGCAGACAUGCAUCCAACAAGGGCCAUGUUUUCGAUUGUACGCAAUCCACCGCCCACAUUGACGCGUCCGACGAACUGGUCGCAGCAGAUCAAUGACUUUAUAGCCGAGUGCCUGGAGAAGAAUGCUGAGAAUCGGCCCAUGAUGGUGGAAAUGGUGGAGCAUCCCUUUCUCACCGAACUCAUUGAGAAUGAGGAGGAAAUGCGUUCCGAUCUGGCCGAGAUGCUGGAGCUAGCCAGCGAUGUCAAGACGUUGUACAAGGAGCCAGAACUCUUUGUGGACCGAGGCUACAUCAAGCGCUUCGAUGAGAAACCGGAACGGAUGUAUCCCGAGGAUCUGGCGGCCCUGGAAAAUCCGGUGGAUGAGAGCAUACUUGACUCGUUGCGCAACCGUAUGGAAAUGGGCGAGUCCUACAGCUUCAUUGGCGACAUUUUGCUAUCAUUGAACUCCAAUGAGCUCAAGCAGGAGUUCAGCCCUGAGUUCCAUGCCAAAUACAAAUGCAAGUCCCGUUCGGAGAAUCAGCCGCAUAUCUUUUCCGUGGCGGAUAUAGCCUAUCAGGAUAUGCUGCACCACCGCGAACCGCAGCACAUUGUGUUCUCCGGCGAGAGCUUUUCGGGCAAGUCCACGAAUGCCCGUCUGCUAAUCAAACAUCUCUGCUAUCUGGGCUCUGGCAAUCGUGGCGCCACGGGGCGCGUCGAGAACUCCAUUAAGGUCAUACUCAUGCUGGUGAAUGCUGGCACACCGGUUAACAACGACUCCACACGGUGUGUCCUGCAGUAUUGCCUGACCUUCGGUAAGACGGGCAAGAUGAGCGGCGCCGUCUACAACAUGUACAUGCUGGAGAAGCUGCGCGUGGCCACCACGGAUGGCAGCCAGCACAACUUUCACAUCUUUUACUAUUUCUAUGACUUUAUGAAUCAACAGAAUCAGCUGAAGGACUACAAUCUCAAGUCGGAUCGCAACUAUCGCUAUCUGCGCAUACCGCCAGAUGGGCCACCGUCCAAGCUCAAGUAUCGACGCGAUGAUCCUGAGGGCAAUGUGGAGCGAUUUCGUGAGUUCGAGAGCAUUCUGCGCGACUUGGACUUUAGUCACAAGCAGCUGGAAACGGUACGAAAAGUACUAGCUGCCAUUCUUAACAUUGGCAACAUACGCUUCCGUCCGUCGGGCAAAUACGCCGAGGUAGAGAACACCGAGAUUGUCUCCCGCAUAUCGGAGCUGUUGCGCGUCGAUGAAAAGAAGUUCAUGUGGUCGCUCACCAACUUCAUCAUGGUCAAGGGCGGCAUUGCCGAGCGGCGACAGUAUACAGCGGAAGAGGCACGAGAUGCUCGGGAUGCGGUCGCCUCCACGCUUUACUCGCGUCUGGUUGACUUUAUUAUCAACAGAAUCAACAUGAACAUGUCCUUUCCACGCGCCGUCUUCGGCGACACGAAUGCCAUAAUCGUGCAUGAUAUGUACGGUUUCGAGUGCUUCCAUCGGAAUGGCCUGGAGCAGCUGAUCAUCAAUACACUGAACGAGCAAAUGCAGUAUCAUUACAAUCAGCGCAUCUUCAUUAGCGAAAUGCUGGAAAUGGAAGCGGAGGAUAUUGACACCAUAAAUCUUAACUUUUACGAUAACAAGACAGCGCUAGAUAAUCUGCUUACCAAGCCCGAUGGACUUUUCUACAUCAUAGACGAUGCAUCGCGCUCCUGUCAGGACCAGGAUUUGAUUAUGGACCGCGUGUCGGAAAAGCACAGCCAGUUCGUGAAAAAACACACUGCCACUGAGCUAUCCGUGGCCCAUUAUACGGGCCGCAUCAUUUACGAUACGCGCGCCUUCACCGACAUCAAUCGCGACUUUGUGCCACCCGAGAUGAUCGAAACGUUCCGCUCCUCGCUGGACGAGAGCAUCAUGCUCAUGUUUACCAAUCAGCUAACCAAAGCUGGCAAUCUAACCAUGCCGUUUGAGGCCGUACAGCAUAAGGAUGAAAGCGAACGCAAAUCAUACAAUCUCAACACGCUCAGCGCUGGCUGCAUCUCGCAAGUGAACAACCUGCGCACCAUGGCGGCCAACUUCCGCUACACCUGCCUGACCCUGCUCCGAAUGCUCAGCCAGAAUGCGAAUCUGGGCGUGCACUUUGUGCGUUGCAUACGCGCCGAUCUCGAGUACAAGCCGCGUGCCUUCCACUCGGACGUCGUGCAGCAGCAGAUGAAGGCGCUCGGAGUUCUGGACACGGUUAUUGCACGACAGCGCGGCUACUCCACGCGGCUGCCCUUCGAGGAGUUCCUCAAGCGCUAUCAAUUCUUGGCCUUUGACUUUGAUGAGACCGUUGAGAUGACCAAGGACAAUUGCAGGCUGUUGUUUUUGCGCCUCAAAAUGGAGGGCUGGGUUCUGGGCAAGACCAAGGUCUUCUUGCGCUACUACAACGACGAGUUUCUGGCCAGGCAAUAUGAGCUGCAGGUAAAGAAGGUCAUCAAGGUGCAGUCCAUGAUGCGUGCCCUGCUCGCGCGCAAGCGCGUCAAAGGAGGCAAGGUCUUCAAAUUGGGCAAAAAGGGGCCAGGCCAGCAUGAUGAGGCCGCCAGCAAGAUACAAAAAGCUUUUCGGGGCUUCCGCGACCGUGUCCGCUUACCUCCGCUGGUCAACGAGAAGUCCGGACAGCUCAAUGAGAACACGGCGGAUUUCAUUCGGCCGUUUGCCAAGAAGUGGCGUGAAAAGUCCAUAUUCCAGGUGCUGCUACAUUAUCGCGCCGCACGCUUCCAGGACUUUGUCAAUCUGUCACAGCAGGUGCACAUAUACAACCAGCGCAUGGUGGCCGGUCUCAAUAAAUGCACCCGAGCAGUGCCAUUUGAGCGGAUUAAUAUGCGCGAGGUGAACUCCUCGCAGCUGGGACCGCUGCCCGUGCCCAUCAGCAAGAUGCCGUUCCGCUUGGAUCAGAUACCUUUCUACGAUACACAAUAUAUGGUGGAUCCGGCCAAUUCGAUUUCACGGCAAACCUUUCCCAAUCACUUGUUGCUGCAACAGUUGGAGGAAGACGAGCCCUGGGACAGUCCGUUGCAGCGUAAUCCUUCGAUGACCUCGUGCUUGCUCACCUACAAUGCGUAUAAGAAGGAGCAGGCCUGUCAGACCAACUGGGAUCGCAUGGGCGAGAGUGACAAUAUCUACAACCAGGGCUACUUUCGGGAUCCACAGCAGCUGAGAAGGAAUCAAAUGCAAAAGAAUAUGAAUGCCUACAACAAUGCCUACAACAACUACAACAGCAACUAUCAGAGCAACAACAUGAGUGGCAAUUGGGGAGUUCAUCGGUCGGGCUCACGUCGCAAUUCCUUGAAGGGCUAUGCGGCGCCCCCUCCACCACCGCCCAUGCCCUCCUCCAACCAGUAUCGCAAUAAUCCCAAUCAGCAACAGCGCAACUAUCAGCAACGCUCCUCAUAUCCACCCGCCGAUCCGAUACGAGAGCUACAGAAUAUGGCACGCAGAAAUGAGGACGAUAACUCGGAGGAGCCACCAUUUAAUUUUAAGGCCAUGCUGCGGAAGACAAACUAUCCGCGUGGCUCCGAGACGAACACCUACGAUUUCCACAAUCGUCAUGACUCGAACCAUGAGCAGCAGCACACAUUCCAGGCGCCAAAGCUGCGUUCCACGGGCCGACGCUACGAUGACGAGGGCCAAAACUCCAACUAUAAUGCCGGCAAAUAUGGUGUGGCACGCAAUUUUGGCCAGCGUGCCCCGCCGCUGCGCCAGACACCAGCGAGCGUAGGACGCAGCUUUGAGGAUAGCAAUGCACGCUCCUUCGAGGAGGCGGGCUCAUACGUAGAAGAGGAGAUUGCACCUGGCGUGACACUUUCGGGCUAUGCUGUUGACAUAUAAAAUGCAUUAGAUAUCUAUUUAGUAUAUUGCAGCAUGCGAGGUAGUGGCUAAGUGGCUUCAAUUAAAAGCUUUGUAAUUUAAUAUUUAAAAUUAUAGUACCCACCGUGAGUACUCUAGCAGCCAUAAAUUUUCCAAAGAGUUUAAUGAUUUAAGCAA